AUGCGCUUAAUUCACAAUAUGACGACCAUCGCGGAGUGCUCAGCCCCGGACUACUCGCCAGCAAACCGGGCAAUUAAAAUAGCCGUCAUUGGAGCCGGUGGAGUGGGCAAAACAGCACUCGUCGUUCGUUUCUUGACGAGGAGAUUCAUUGGAGACUACGAGAGGAAUGCUGGCAACCUGUACUCCAGAGAGGUUCAAGUGGAUGGUGAGCAAGUCAGCCUCCAAGUUCAAGACACGCCUGGCGUGGAGAUGAGCGACAAUGACGCCGUGCUACCCGACCACGUGUCAUGCUCCCUGCAGUGGGCCGAUGCAGUAGUACUAGUGUACUCUGUGACGGACCGCCGCAGCUUCGACCUGGUGCCGCAUUUGCACCAAAGAGUGGCGCGGUGCAGCAGCACUAGCAGCAGUGGGCCCCCUGUGGUGCUGCUGGCCAACAAGGCGGACCUUCUCCAUCUGCGUCGCGUGGAUCCCCAACAGGGGCCCAUGCUGGCCGGUACGCUUGGCUGCGCCUUCUACGAGGUUUCGGCCAGCGAAGGCUACAGUCAAGUGCACGGUGCCUUCCAUCGGCUGUGUUGCCAGCUAGCCAAGCAGCGGCCUCCUUCGCCGCCAGCCUCGCAGCCCGUCGCUGAGAAACGGCGCCCAAAGUCUCCUAACAUGCAGGACCUGAAGAGGCGCUUCAAGCAGGCGCUCUCCGCCAAGGUUCGGACUGUCACGUCCGUGUGA